AUGUUUGGUGGGUCGAAAGGGCGCAAGGGUGGAAAGCACGUGAGGUCCGCGAAGAAAGAGACCUCCGCCGCCUCCACGGAGAGGCAUCCGAAGAAAGUGCACAGGAUUAGCACGGAUCCAACGAAAAAGAGCCACAAUGGCAGUACCCUGAAAGGACCCGUUGUGUCACAUUCGGGUGGGAACGCCAGUCGGGACUUUGCAAACGAUCGCCAGCACAUCCCAUUCAAAAACAAACUGGAGGAGCGGGCUUACAAAAAGGCCAAUCGCAUCCCACUUUACACCCCUGCUCCAGGAGGGAAAAAAGGCGAUAGUGACGCCACGGCCAAACGAUCCAGCGGUGCCAGUAGCGCUGCCCAACGCCGUGCCAUCAUGAAGGCAAAAGGCGAUGACGCCGUCUUAGAACACUUUCGCACAAAACUCUCGUCGAGUACGUUUCGCUUGUUAAAUGAACAAAUUUAUAACUCCCCCGUGGCCUUUGCUAGUCAACUCUUGCGUGACCCAUCCACGUACGCAGAUUACCACAAUGGAUACCGUCAGCAACUUGAGCAAUGGCCAUUAAAACCAAGUCAAGUUGUUGUGGAUGCACUUUUGGGGGACCGACGUGGUCGUUUUCUUGCAAAUAAGGCAAAAAGUAUGCCGGGAUAUAUCCCCACAGGCUGGGUUAUUGCAGACAUGGGGUGUGGUGAUGCGCAAAUCGCCCAGGCGAUGCGACCCAAGGGGUACACUGUUCACUCCUUUGACUUCUGUGCAGUGAAUGAUUAUGUGACGGUAGCCAAUGCAACCAAUGUGCCUUUGGACAACAAUACUGUUGACAUUUGCAUUUUUUCACUCAGCCUCAUGUCAACAGACUACGUAGAAUGCCUUUAUGAGGCUUUCCGUGUGCUGAAGCCGAAGCGUCUUUUAAAAAUCAUUGAAGUGCGUUCUCGUGUUCCACAUCCAAAACGGUUUUCUGAACUUGUGGAGAGUAUUGGUUUCUAUUUGGACUAUUACGACACCGUGGAGAAAUAUUUUGUGGCAUAUGAUUUUAUUAAGCGCGAAGAUCAGGCUGAGGCAAAUCGUGGCGUGAAGCACGAUCCGCGGGAAGUGUUGGUGGCAUCACUUUACAAGAAGCGAUGA